GCCAAAAAGUCCGUCGUCGUCGACGUCGAAGAGUCCGCCGCGAACGAGGCGCUCGAGGAGGCGGAGACCGCGUUUCUGAGCGCGGCGCGGCGGUGCUUCGACAUGAUCGACGCGGACGGCAGCGGCACGCUGACGAGGAUGGAGAUCGCCGAGGCCGUCGCGGGCAACGACGAGGUCGUCGAGUUCCUCCGCACGUGCGGCGACGACAACCUCCGGCUCCUGCUGGAACCCGGCCGCAUCGACGUCGCGCUCCACGUCUUGGACCCGUCCGGGGACGGCGCGAUCGACGCGGACGAGUGGGAGGCGGCGGUCCAGCGCGGGCCGGGCGCGUGCCUCGACGGGCAAGGCGAGGCGGCCGCCAAGCGGGGCGCCGUGACGAAGCUCAAGAUCGUCAUCGCGACGUACCAGAUUGUCACGAGCAUCACGUGGACGCUGCCCCAGGUGCGGUUCCCGGCCGCCUUCGACCGCAUGCUCAAGCUCUUUUCGUUCGUGAACCUGAGCCUCAUCAGCUUCGCGAAGCCGGAGUGCUUCGGGAGCUUCCGCUACUUCGACAAGCUCGUCUUCGUGACGCUCAUCCCGCCGGUCGUCCUCUUCGCGAUCGCAGCCGCCGCGGCGCUGCGCUGCUC